GUUAAUGCACUUUUAGAGUAAAUAACUACAACGGAUGAAUCAUAUAAUAAAAACUUUUUGACUAUAACAAUUAAUUAUUAUAAAGAAAUUGUUUAUAGAAGUCAGUUGUAAAGUUGUUUUAAAAGGGGGCGGUAAUAGAUUAUCAACAAUUUAGCUAAAAUAAUAAAAACAACAACAAAAAAAGUUCAAUUGAGAUUAAUAGAGCUUGAAAGAGCUUGAUUUGCUGAAGAUGUCUCAAAAUCUUAAUAAUGGUUCAGCAUCACAUCGUGAUUACGGUGCCACUUCAUCUUCGAACACCAACAUGAUGAGUUCUUCUACUAAUAUACCCGAUGUUAAUUUCUCUGGCUUUAGUCCCACAGAAUUUAUGUCUUUGAGUGAAGAUAUUGGUCACAAUAUACAAGCAGUUAACUCUUCUUCUAAACAAUUGGAUAAAAUUCUACAAAUUUUGGGUACACCGCGUGAUCAACAGUCGACACGUGAUAAGGUACAUGAUAUACACACUAAAUGCAAUUCACGCAUAGAGGCCACUUCCAUUGAUUUGCAAAGACUUACGGCCAUUGUCCGACGUGGAGAUAAACAACAGAAAUUACAAUUGGAAAAACUAACAAAUGAUUUUCGCAGUGUUGUGGAAAGAUAUUCCAAUAUACAGAGACGUAUAGCUCAAGCUAUGCGUCAAACUUAUACACAACCUCAAUUGGCUCAAAUGCAAGAUGACCGUGAAGCCGAUACGGAAGAAUUGUUACAGAGACAACAACAAUUACAGCAACAACAAAUGCAGUUUGAACAUGAUAUGCUGGUGGAUCGUGAGCGGCAAUUGAAACAGGUGGAGGCGGAUAUAUUGGAUGUUAAUAAAAUAAUGCGUACCAUAACGGCUCUGGUGCAGGCGCAGGGUGAAGAAGUGGAAUCCAAUGUUGUUUUUCAUUUGCAACCUUUACAAGUGCAUACUGCAACGGAAACAUGUGAUACUGACUAA